AUGUUAGACACGAUCAAUAAUACCGGAGCAAGACUCGCAACUGGAGCGUUUCGGUCCAGCCCUAUUGAUAGUCUACUCAACAUAGCAAACAUAAUGCCUCUCCAUAUAAAACGUCAAGAAAUUGCAAUGAUUUUCGCUACCAAACUUGCCAGAGACAGAAUGAUAUAUUCCCUUAACUCCUACCCGUCCUUACUAGCAAUCGUUGAAAAAAAUAAUAUCAAUCUAAAAAAUAUUUUAACAUCUCAACUCCCAGUCAUCCCUCCUUGGACAUCAUUUCCGAAUAUUAUUGAUACCAGUCUUACUGAACUUCCUAAAAACUCAACCAGCUCACAGGUAUACAUCCAAAACUUUAAGAACACAAUAUCGCAAUAUUCCAACUAUACUGAAAUCUACACUGACGCCUCAAAAUCGGAAAACAAUGUUGGAAUCACCAUUAUACACAAAGAUGAGGUAAUAACAUAUAAACUUCCAACAGAAUGCUCUAUAUACUCAGCUGAAGCAAUCGCCAUUCUAAAAGCUUUUGAGUACGCACUUGGAAAACAAAAUCAAAAUGUUAUUGUUUUAAGUGAUUCCUUAAGUGCAAUUUCCAGCAUAGCAAACACACAUAGACCUAAUGACAUUGCAGAGAAAAUCCGCCUCCUCAUCUCCUCCCAUCUCUCCAAAGGGAACGUGGUCAAAAUAAUGUGGAUACCUAGCCAUUCUUCAAUUGAAGGCAAUGAAAAAGCUGAUAUGCAAGCCAAGCAUACAGCCUCUUCAACUUCCCUAGACAUCACCCCGCUCAUUACUUCUUAA